UAGGCGAGCGCGGGCAGCGGUGGCGAGCGGCAGCAGGCGCUGUGCAUAUUAGUUUAACUAUGCUAGCUGUGGUCAUCCAUGCAUGCAGACCCGGAUGCGGAGGUGAUCGCGCUGUCGCCGAAGACGCUGCUGGCGACGAACCGGUUCGUGUGCAAGGUGUGCAACAAGGGUUUCCAGCUGGAGCAGAAUCUGCAGCUGCACCGGCGCGGGCACAACCUGCCGUGGAAGCUGAAGCAGAAGAACCCGGCGCAGGCGCAGCGCCGCCAUGUGUACAUGUGCCCGGAGCCGACGUGCGUCCACCAUGACCCCUCCCGCGCCCUCGGCGACCUCAACGGCAUCAAGAAGCACUUCUGCCGCAAGCACGGUGAGAAGAAGUGGAAGUGCGACAAGUGCGACUCGAUCGAUCUCUCUCUACCGACCUUGGCUAGCUAGCUACUCCAUUCAUGGUGUUUUCUUGCUUCUUCUUGAUCACUAGCAGGCUAAUUGCUAAUAGCUAGCAAAAAAUGUUUAGUAGUGCGCACUAAUGGCAGCUAGCUACCAUACAUGAUACAUGCACGUUCGGGGUUAGGGUUUUGUCUGGGUUAGCUUGCUGGU